GUGAUUAAUUUUCUCGCGUGCGUAAUAUAUAAAGGUUAUGCUGCUUGUGCCUCCUGUCAUAUUAGAAUAAUAUCGCACGCUACAAAGUGAUUGUGAGCAAGAAUGGAAGUGGAAAGCGGUGAUCCUGAUAGUGGACUUUAUCCUUUCCAUCCUUCGUUAUUCGACGUGUGUGAAGAUGAGAAGCCACCUAAAGCGGAUGUUACAUUGAAAAAUAUCUACGAACCCAGAUAUGGGGGAACCGAGCUACAUCGAGCGAUCAAAAGAAGAAACAAAUCGAGAAUUGAAAAUGUGUUAAACAUGUACCUGGCCGAUUUUGAUACAGUUCGUGAAUAUCUAGUUCAAAAAUAUGACAUCGAUAGCAACGAUAAUAUAUGGUUUAGGAAAACCAUUCUUGUAGCUUCAACCGAAGAACAAUGUAGUAUUGCAAAGAAUUUUGAAAGAGAAUGUGUUCCGCAAUCCGGUUUGAAUGAGGCGAUUUUGGUUCUUCUUCAACAUCCCAUAGAUGGUGAACGAGUUUCAGUGCUUCAUCCAAAUGAAAGCAAUCGGUUGGAAGCACUCCGUAUUGUCACUUCUCUGAUUCCCAACGGAUUUCUUUCCUGGAAUUAUUCAUUGUACGAAAAUCAAUCGGAAACAAUCAUCGAGGUCGCUGCAGAAUGCGGAAACAUCGAAUUGAUCCAGAGACUCUACGAGAUAGGCAUCGAACUAUCUGUUCCGUAUCACAAUCCUCUAUUGGCUGCUGUAAGAAACAAUCGUGUAGACACUGUUGAAUGGCUAUUGACAGAACAUUUCGACCAUUUCGAUUGCUCAGCUAGAAGUUUUUGUCAAGAAAACGCUGUAGAAGUAGCGAUGCAUAUGAAGAAAACGCUUAUGAUGAAAUAUUGUUUGGAAAAAAUGCUUGCCUAUCGGCAAAAGUAUUUCAACGAGACAGAAAUCGAUGCAUUCAACAAAAUAUUUCGAUUCAAAGAUUCAACGUGGACCUAUUUACCGAUUUCCAAGUACCGUAAGUUGGUUGAACAAUGGAUUUCCGAUUAUAAACUUGAUCUGUCCUAUCGGUUGGGUUAUGUUUUUAAUAUUAAGAGUCUAAUUGAAUGUCAAUGUGCCUUGGAAUACUGCUGGAAUGGAAUCCGUCUUAAUCCUGAUUUGUUGGGACUAAACAUGUAUGAAACAGCAACGAUACUUCAUUUACUUGUGGAAAAAGAGUAUUUCGAAUUUUUGAAAGAGAUGUAUGAAUGUUAUCCACGUGUAAAGCAGUACUUCGAAACUGAUGAAGCAUGGAGAGUAUUAGAUAGAGCUAUCGGCAGUGAUCAACAUGGACAAAUUCAGUUUAUUUUGAAUCACCAUUCUACAUUCCUCAAAAAAGAUUUAGAUGAGCUUAAAAGUGUUAUACUCAAAUGUAGGUAUUAUGAAAACAAAUUGCAUCAGCAAACAAACAUAAUAAAAAGAUAUUUCUCCGAAUUUGAAGAAGACUUCAAAAAACUUAGAAAUGAGGAAAUUUAUCGAUACAGAUGUGCUGAUGAUUUGGACCACUCGUUUAUAGACUACGAUAUACAAUGCCAUGAUUCGGACAUUGAAAUACCAGGAGAAAUCGGGCAGUUAUAUGAUGUGAGGGGCAUCAAAGGAGAAUCGCUCUUACAUUUGGCCGUACAGAAGAACGAUAAAGAUUUUCUGAUCCGAUUACUCGAAGAAGGUUGUGAUUUCGAUGCUUUGGAUAACUUCGGCAAUCAUGCAAUCCACUACGUAAGAAAUGUUGAAAUGCUUGAAUUGAUUCUUGAGCGACAUCCAGCUGGAAAAGACCUUGUGAGAAGUACAAACGCUGAAGGAUAUUCAGUGCUCCAUAAAAUUAGCAAUCAACGAAUGUAUCAGGAAUGUUAUUGUGAAUUAAUUGAGAAGGUAAUUGAUUAUGGGGCAAAUGUAUCUCAACUCACCAACGUUGGUGAAUCGGUAAUAUUUUUUAUCACCAGUAGUUCCCUUUUGGAUAUCGUUCAGAAUCACGGUGCCAGCUUAGACACGGUCAGUAAAAAUGAUGAAACAGCACUGGAAAGACACCUGAAAAACCAAAAUACAUACAUGGUAGGUGCUUUGUAUAAUUUAUUGCACGAAACACCUGUUUUCAAGGAUCAUGCACACAAAUUUCUUGUCAUUAUGAUCGAUACAUGUGAUCCUGAGCGUGACCCUGAUCAGUACGAUGUAUAUCAAGGACUUUUAGAAGAGUUUCCAAACACAACCAAACUACUGUUCGAUUCACUAUUUGAACGUUUCCCAGAAAAAGCUAGUCGUGCGUUUUACCAAACUUGUUUCAAGGGAAUGGAAUACUUCGUGAAAAAAUUUUUGGAAUUCGAUUAUAAUCUUAACUAUCAUUAUGUAUCCAGCAGAGGCUUUACGCCUGUCAGAGUAUUGUUUUUUGAGUUCCUAACAGAUAGGACAGGUAUUUUAAGAAAGCUAUUGGAAAAAGGAGUUUCUCUAGAAAAUGUCUUACUUGAUUAUAUCAAUUCAUCCAGUGCUCUGGAACCAAACGCCGUAGAUACAGUUAGACUACUGAUUGAUUACGGUGCCCCGGUCAAUGCUUGUGACGAUGACGGAAACACUGCUUUGCACCUUGCUGUAGCUAUGAGAAUGUGGAAGGUGGUUGAAGUUCUGAUGCGAAAUGGUGCAGAUAGCAGUAUAAAAAAUCAUAAAGGGCUCACUCCUCUGGCUGGAGCUCAAAGAUUGGAUCAGGAACUGUAUUAUUUUAUCGAGUAAAAUAUGUACACUAAUGGAAAAAAAUAUUCGACUUAAGCUAUCUCCUCUCAUUUAUUUAAAUUUUAAGUGGCUCUAAAUAGUUUGUAAGUUUUCUUUUUUAUGUGAAUGUAUGUAUUCUGUAAAAUGUUCUCUAUCAAAAAGCAUUACAUUCUUCUUCCAUAACAAGGAGGGAAUAUGCUAAAACAACGAAAACUUCAACACUAAAAAUGUCGAAUACUUAUGUCCAUCAGUGUAAAUAAGC